UUGAACUAGAGAGGGAUUCCUGAACGUUUGAACAAACUCGAGUAUUGGUCACGUGCCAAGGCUCUGAUCACGCUUGCGCCAGAGAAACAAGAUGGCGGAGAGUGCGGAAUUGAAGCAAAUGGUGAUGAGCCUCCGUGUCUCAGAACUUCAGGUUCUUCUGGGGUAUGCAGGCCGCAACAAACAUGGAAGGAAGCAUGAACUCUUGACCAAAGCGCUACAUUUGUUGAAAGCCAGCUGCAGCCCUGCUGUGCAGAUGAAGAUCAAGGAGCUCUAUCGCCGCCGCUUCCCCACAAAGAUGGUGUCCCCGACAGACCUCUCCCUCCCUGGCCUACACUCCACCACUGGAGGUGCUCCCGCUGGCAUGCCCACCAGCCUGACACAGCUGGGAUUCGAUGGGCAUGGCUCACCAUCUCUACUCCCUGUCGCACUGCUCGGGCCAAAGCACGAGCUGGGUCUGCCCUCCGCCCUUCACCCAGUCCAUCCAGACGUCAAGCUCCAAAGGCUGCCAUUCUAUGAUGUACUCGAUGAGCUUAUCAAACCCACCAGUUUAGCCUCAGACAGCAGUCAGAGGUUUCAGGAAACAUGUUUCGCGUUUGCACUAACGCCUCAGCAAGUUCAGCAGAUCAGCAAUUCAAUGGACAUCUCUGGGACCAAAUGUGACUUCACCGUGCAAGUACAGCUAAGGUUUUGCUUAUCAGAGACAAGCUGUCCUCAGGAAGAUCAUUUCCCACCCAACCUUUGUGUGAAAGUGAAUGGAAAACCCUGUAACCUCCCUGGAUAUCUUCCUCCAACCAAAAAUGGAGUGGAGCCAAAGCGGCCGAGCAGACCCAUGAACAUUACCUCCCUGGUUAGGUUGUCUACAACAGUUCCCAACACCAUUGUUGUGUCAUGGACGUCGGAAAUCGGAAGGAGUUACUCCAUGGCAGUGUACCUGGUCCGUCAGCAGUCCUCCUCAGUUUUGCUACAGAGACUACGGUCAAAAGGCAUUAGAAACCCAGACCACUCAAGAGCACUCAUCAAAGAAAAGCUUACUGCCGACCCUGACAGUGAGAUUGCCACUACCAGCCUGCGAGUCUCCUUGCUCUGUCCGCUGGGAAAGAUGCGGUUGAUGAUUCCCUGCCGAGCGCUCACCUGCUCACACCUGCAGUGCUUUGAUGCUACGCUCUACAUCCAAAUGAAUGAGAAGAAACCCACCUGGGUGUGUCCGGUCUGUGACAAGAAAGCCCCAUUUGAGCACCUUAUUCUUGACGGGUUGUUCAUGGAGAUCCUGAGCAGCUGUGUGGACUGUGAUGAGAUCCAGUUUAAAGAAGAUGGCAGUUGGGCUCCUAUGAGAUCCAAGAAGGUGGUACAGGAAGUGUCAGCCUCAUCAAAUGGCAUUGAAGUUGUGUCAGACCACAGAAACAGUUCGUCCCACGGCAGCAGCAGUAGCAGUAAGAAAUUGGAGGUGAUUGACCUGACGCUGGACAGCUCCUCUGAUGAUGAUUAUGAUGAUAAUGAUGAGCCUCCUCCUAAAAGAGCCUGUCCAUCUCUAUCACCAACCUCCCCACCUGUCAACAAAGGAGUGUUAAAUCUGCAUAAUCAGGCGUCUCCAUUGGCACGGGCUCCCAGCAUGCCAGCAAUGGAGACAAACUAUAUCCCUCCCCCUCCUCUCAUUCAAGACUACCGUCACUAUUACCACACACCCAAUGACCUCUCAGAUCUGAAUUUCUUCUCAUUUUUACAAGGGGACAAUCACCAGCAUUAUAACAUGGUCAUGGCCGCUGCAGCUGCCGCCUCAGCUUCUGCCUCAGAAGACCACGAGCUGCUGUUGAACCGCUUCAUGCCCUAUGGUUCCUCUCAGCUCUUCCUGGAGCAGUCGGGGAUGCCGGCGAGCAGCUCGCUAGUGCCAGCCAACGGCAGCGGAGGCAGCAGCAGCGGAAGCAGCAGCAGUCUGGUGUCCUCCAGCAGUCUGAGAGACAGCCACCCACACAGUAACGUGUCCCGCUCGCACUCUGAUGCCGCCGCCACAUCCGUAAUAUACGGCUCUAUCCCUGAUGUAAUUUCACUGGACCUGUGUGUGAAUAUGAUGGGAGAUAUUCAAUGUUGUAAAUCAAGUGAUCUGAUUGAUUUUGUGUUCUGUGCUCACUCUUCAGUCAAAGAAAAGCUUACUGCCGACCCUGACAGUGAGAUUGCCACUACCAGCCUGCGAGUCUCCUUGCUCUGUCCGCUGGGAAAGAUGCGGUUGAUGAUUCCCUGCCGAGCGCUCACCUGCUCACACCUGCAGUGCUUUGAUGCUACGCUCUACAUCCAAAUGAAUGAGAAGAAACCCACCUGGGUGUGUCCGGUCUGUGACAAGAAAGCCCCAUUUGAGCACCUUAUUCUUGACGGGUUGUUCAUGGAGAUCCUGAGCAGCUGUGUGGACUGUGAUGAGAUCCAGUUUAAAGAAGAUGGCAGUUGGGCUCCUAUGAGAUCCAAGAAGGUGGUACAGGAAGUGUCAGCCUCAUCAAAUGGCAUUGAAGUUGUGUCAGACCACAGAAACAGUUCGUCCCACGGCAGCAGCAGUAGCAGUAAGAAAUUGGAGGUGAUUGACCUGACGCUGGACAGCUCCUCUGAUGAUGAUUAUGAUGAUAAUGAUGAGCCUCCUCCUAAAAGAGCCUGUCCAUCUCUAUCACCAACCUCCCCACCUGUCAACAAAGGAGUGUUAAAUCUGCAUAAUCAGGCGUCUCCAUUGGCACGGGCUCCCAGCAUGCCAGCAAUGGAGACAAACUAUAUCCCUCCCCCUCCUCUCAUUCAAGACUACCGUCACUAUUACCACACACCCAAUGACCUCUCAGAUCUGAAUUUCUUCUCAUUUUUACAAGGGGACAAUCACCAGCAUUAUAACAUGGUCAUGGCCGCUGCAGCUGCCGCCUCAGCUUCUGCCUCAGAAGACCACGAGCUGCUGUUGAACCGCUUCAUGCCCUAUGGUUCCUCUCAGCUCUUCCUGGAGCAGUCGGGGAUGCCGGCGAGCAGCUCGCUAGUGCCAGCCAACGGCAGCGGAGGCAGCAGCAGCGGAAGCAGCAGCAGUCUGGUGUCCUCCAGCAGUCUGAGAGACAGCCACCCACACAGUAACGUGUCCCGCUCGCACUCUGAUGCCGCCGCCACAUCCGUAAUAUACGGCUCUAUCCCUGAUGUAAUUUCACUGGACUGACCACACCGGGGCGCCCUGCAAACAGACAAGCCUUUAUCACAAACAACAGGAGGGCGCAGAAGGAGCUUUGUGCACUCGUGAUAGGAUUUAGAUGUGAAUUGGAUGGAAGGUGGGGAGAAAAAAAAAGAGAACAAAGACUUUUGUAAAGAGAAGAAUAAAAUUGCUGUGUACAGAGAAGAAAAAUCUAUUUUCAGUUUUACUUUUGUAUAUAAACAAUAGGACGCUGCCUACCCAGUGAGUGACUUCAGUUGGUAUUUUCUCUAUGGAUACUGAAGAUGUUUUUCACUGCUCUGUGUGUUGUUCCUUGAUUUAUCUUAUUCUGUACCUUUUAUACUUUUUGCUAUUUUAUUUCACUUCAAAUAAUUAUUUCAGUCAAAGUAAUAGAAUGGCAGUCAUCUUUAUAAUUUUUUUUCUAAGACUCUUUCCCUCAACCAUUGUUUGAUCAGCGAGGGAAAAUCAUGUUAUUUAAUGCCAUUAUCCUGUGCAGGUAAUUUAUUGCUUUUAAGUUAUGUAGGAUGUAUGCUGUACAGAAGCAUUCCCUUAUGCCAAUACAGAAUCUAGCCACGACAUGCUUCAAAAGUCGACAGGGGUCACGUCUUAUUCCAGUUGCGCAUUCUUUCUCUUCCAUCACCACAUUAAGUAUGUAAGAAGCGGAGUUUGGUUUCAGUGCCCAGUUUUGCUGGUUAGUUCCUGAGGUUAAACUCUUGUACUUUUUUCAUGAUCUCUUAUCCUUUGAUGUUGUUUGUCUGAACUAAACCUCAAAAGAUGAGGUGUGGUUCGCAAAAACAGCGCUGAGGGUAUCAGACACUAUAGCAUACCUCAUUUAGUUUGUUGCAGAUAUGAC